AUGCCGGCACAAACUAACGGAAGCUCCCCAGCGGGAGACUACAUUGUCCCUUUUUUUAUCGAUGGGGAGAAGUCUGUCCCCAAAAAGACCUUUGAAGUCGUGUCGCCCGCUACUGGGAAGGUCAUCUACAAAUGCGGUAGCGCAACUGAAGAAAAUGCCUUGGCCGCGGUUGAAUCCGCAGCCAACGCGUUCAGGAGCUGGAAGAAGACGACACUCACGCAACGCCAGGAAAUCUUCUUGAAGACUGCUGCCAUCAUGGAGUCUCGGAAAGAUGAACUGGUCCGCAUCAUGUCUGAAGAGACGGGUGCUGCCACAAGUUGGUCAGAGUUUAUUCUGGGUCUGGGCAUCGGCUGUAUCAAAGACGUUGCCGGACGCCUCGUCACCGUCCAGGGCUCUGUCCCAGCUACCAACGAUCCGAACUUCAGCGCAAUGGUCCUCAAGGAACCUUACGGAGUCGUCCUCGCCAUUGCGCCUUGGAACGCCCCAUACAUGUUGGGAGCAAGAUCAAUAGCGUUCCCAAUUGCCGCUGGCAACACUGCCAUUCUCAAGGCCUCAGAACUUUCUCCGCGAACGCUCGUCGAGAUGGUGUCUUGCUUCCACGAAGCUGGCUUGCCCAAGGGUGUUCUGAAUGUCAUUGUGCACGAGCCCGCCAACGCCGCUGCCAUCACAACAUCGCUAAUCGCCCAUCCUGAGAUCAAGAAGAUCAACUUCACCGGGAGCACUGGCGUCGGACGCAUCAUCGCAAAGCUGGCAGGUGAGAACCUGAAGCCAGUACUACUGGAGCUUGGAGGCAAGGCCCCGGCCAUCGUAUGGGAAGACGCCGACCUUGAACUGGCUGCAAACCAGUGCGCAGUCGGCUCUUUCUUACACGGAGGCCAAAUCUGCAUGAGCACUGAGCGUAUCAUUGUGCACAAGAAGAUCAGCGAGCAGUUUCAGUCCAAGCUGUCGGCCUCGAUCGAGAACAUCUUCCCGAACAAGUCCAAUGCGCCUGUCCUUAUCAACGCCGCGGCCGUUGAGAAGAACAAGAAGCUUAUCAAAGAUGCCGUGGGCAAAGGCGCUGUCCUCGUUUCCGGCGACGUCGACGCUGAAGAGACGUCCAAGACGAGGCUGCGGCCAAUCGUCAUCAAAAACAUCACGACCGACAUGAACAUUUACAAGACCGAGUCUUUCGGGCCGACCGUAGCACUCUUUGAAGUAGAGACCGAGGAGGAGGCGAUCAAGCUUGCCAAUGACACAGAGUACGGUCUGACGUCUGCCGUCUUCACAGAGGAUUUGCGGACAGGUCUCCGCUUUGCAAAGGAAAUUGAAUCGGGAGCCGUCCACAUCAACAGCAUGACUAUCCACGACGAGCCUGGUCUACCCCAUGGCGGCGUCAAAUCCAGCGGGUUUGGCAGGUUUGGCUCCUCGGGCCUGGAUGAGUGGACGAGGACGAAGACGGUGACCUACCGGAACUGA